AUGCAAGGCUUAAGCCGUUCGAUCGGGCCCCUAAGUCAGUCGGGCCUCUGUGCUAUAGAACAAUUGAAAGGGGUUCCCCUAGCAACCAUUAGGAUACCACGCUUCUCAAGUGCUCAUCCAAUAGUUCCAUUACGUUACAUUGAACCAUGGCGACGAGAAGUGGUUAAUCGAAAAAUAAUUUCAAACAAUGCUUAUCUAAGCGGAAUACCAAAUUUUGAGCACGAUGAUAGUCUCUAUCUAAAUAAACGUGAACAAUUGUUCUACAACGUUGAAGAUCGUGAACGCGUUGAUUCUAAAUAUUGUUUACCGUCACGAUGUACUCAAUUACAACCUUUAUUUCACGAACCAAUAGACCGUUUUCGUUCAAGUCUAUUUUCUCGUUAUGCGCCAUCAUGUGCCCGAUCAUUAUCAGCAAAUCAAACCGGUUAUUGUCAAACGUGUCCAAAAUCCCGUUGUAAUUGUGCACAAAAAGAUGGAGAUUAUGUGGUUGAAACAGCACUAAAGGGAAAUAAAUUAUUCACGUACGGAUGUGGUGAAGGAAGUAAAAAAUAG